AUGGAGGCUGUAAAGGACAACAAGAUUACCCCGGCGGCACGGGCCGAAGGAUCGCUUCGCGAUGGAUCCGUGGACGGCGAGAACGUCAAGAAGAAUGACUACGAUGACGAUGUGGUCCAAGUCGUCGACAAGGCCGCCGAGCGCGCCCUCUGCAGAAAGUUGGACUUCCACAUCCUGCCUGUACUGGCCGUGAUGUACCUCUUCAACGCGCUCGAUAAGGGCAACCUGGGCAAUGCCGAAACUGACGGCCUGAGCACGGAUCUCGGCUUCAAAGAUGGCCAGUACAAUCUCAUCGUCAGCAUCUUCUUUGUGCCCUUCGUAGCGGCCGCGCCUAUUGUUGCCCUCAUCGGCAAGAAAUUCGGCCCCGCCAUCGUCCUCCCGAUUCUCAUGUUCGCCUUUGGCACAAUGACGAUGCUCAUGGCCGCCGCGCAAAACUUUGGCGGCGUCUUUGCGCUGCGAUGGUUCCUCGGCAUGGCGGAGUCGGCGUUCUUCCCGCUGGUCAUCUAUUAUCUCACCACAUUCUACCGUCGCGGUGAGCUUGCGCGACGCCUCGCUGUCUUCUACGCUGCAUCCAACAUUGCAAACGCAUUUUCCGGCCUUCUGGCUUUCGGCGUUUUCCACAUCACCAACACCAAAUUGCAUCCCUGGCGAUGGCUGUUCAUCAUUGAAGCCACUGCGACCAUUCUGUUCUCAUUCUUUGCGUUCUGGUAUCUGCCACGUAGCGCUGCGGAGGCCAAAUUCCUCACAGAGGAACAGAAGCAGCUUGCCCACCACCGCAUCAGAGUUGACAGCUCAUCCGUAGUCGGAGAGAAGAUGAAGAUCCGAGAAGCUGCCAAGGUUUUCAAGCACCCAACAACGUUCGGCUUCCUUGCCAUCGAAAUAUGUCUUGGCGUUCCACUCCAGAGCGUCGGCCUCUUCAUGCCCCAAAUCGUUCAGCGCCUAGGAUACAGCACCAUCAAGACGAACCUUUACACAGUUGCACCGAAUGUCAGCGGCGCUGCCAUGCUCCUCAUUCUUGCUUUCCUCUCGGAUUGGCGACGUCUCCGAUUCCCGUUCAUUGCCUUAGGUUUCAUGCUCACUUUCAUCGGCUUUAUCAUAUACGCUGCUAUUGACGAUGUUGAAGCUGAAAUCAAGCUCGCGUACUAUGCGUGCUUUAUGAUGACCUGGGGAACUUCGGCACCCAGUGUGCUGCUGUCGACCUGGUACAACAACAAUGUUGUCAAUGAGAACCAGCGUGUACUUUUAACUUCAAUCGGUGUCCCUCUAGCCAACCUCAUGGGUCUUGUGAGCAGCAACAUCUUCCGCAAGCCAGAUGCUCCCAAAUACGCACCUGCACUGAUUACAACCGCAGCAUUCGGUGUGGUUGGUGCCUCGUGCGCGCUGGCUCUAGGAUUCUAUAUGAUGUGGGAUAACCGAAGGAGAAAUCGGGCCGAGGGUGUUACCUUGACCGCUAGUGAAGUCCCGACAUCGAAGUUGGGCGAUGGACCUAGGAGCCCUCACUUCCGCUGGUUCUUGUAG